AUGUCACGCGCCGACCUCGACGCGCUCCGCGCGACGUACGAAUCCACCGACGCAUUCACCAUCGACACCAUCGGCGACGCCACCGUCGCCCGCUUGACCGUGGUCCCGCGACGGGACGCCACGGGGUCGAUCUACGCCCGCGUCGACGUCGCGUGCGUCCACACGCACGGCGCGCGCGCGCGGUGGGGGCUCGAGCACGCGAUCGGGCUCGCGAGAGAAUCAUUCGAUGAGAUCGCCCGCGAGCUCGAGCGCGCCGUCGCGGACGCUGGGGAGGACGAGGGCGCGUCGGUCGUGGUUUUUGAACGCAUCCGUGACGUCGUGGAGGUCGUGAACGCGCGGGCGGAGCGUGUGGCGUGCGGGGCGUGCGGGGAGACGACGCCGGGGACGCGGGCGAGCGCGGACGCGUGCGCGCACGGGUGCCACGCGCGGUGUUGGCGCGCGAUGCUCGAUCGGGGGUUGGCGUUGCGGUGUCCGACGUGUCGCGCGGUGCCGAGCGAGAGGUGCGCGGCGCGCGUGCGCGAGGCGUGCGACGCGGUCGACGCGGUCGAGGCGGCGGCGGCGGCGACGGCGGCGGCGACGGCGGCGAUCGAGGUCGCGGCGAUGUGGGACGACGUCGACGUCGAGGCGCUGAGGGUGUUUCGCGAACGGGUUCGUCGUGGGGUGACGGCGCAGGACGCGCGGGGGGGGGUGAUUGACGAGACGCGGGACGGGUGCGGAAUCGUCGUCGACGGAUGGACGCGCGGUUCGGGACGCGGAUGGUCGACGACCACGGGCGGUGGGGCGUUUGGGGGGGGGGUCGGGACGUCGGAAAGGUCGGAAAUGUCGGAAAUGUCGGGGACGGGCGGCGACGGGGUCGGGGUCGGGGUCGGGGUCGGGGUCGGCGUCGCGGCGUCGACGGCGUCGGCGGCGUCGGCGUCGGCGUCGGCGUCGGCGGCGGACGCGGGCCGUCGACGGUGUCGACGGCGGCGCCGCGACCGACGGGAAAGAACAACUUACGAUGGCUCGCGAGGGCCAAGGCGAAAACCAGCGCUCGGGCGUCGCCGGAGUCGUAGGGCGGCGCGGCGACGGAACGGGCGACGGAUGGCGCUAAAUUAA